ACCUCUUUCUACACCAUUUGAUUCUAGCUGUUUUUUUUGCUUUUCUUGUCAGAACAUGGCUGGGCAGCAACACUUCGGGGCGAACCUCAUUUUCCGACUUUUUUUUCUUUGCAUGGAACAUUCAACAUGCUAAGAACUAGCAUUCAGCACGAGUUGCGUUGCUCGUGUGUUAAAUUCGUUUAAUCAUCAUCUCUGUUUCCCCCCUUUUGUCUCUUUUUUUUUUUUGUUUAUAUUGACGGAUAUGUUCUUUCUUGGCAUUCUCUCAAUGGGGGAGAGGUGAGCGUGAAAGACGAGUCAGAUGGGGAGCACAGCAGAGCUCUUGAGCUUGAACUCGGUCUUUUUCUUACAGCGGGAAUUUGGGGAGGAAGCAAUAGAUGCGGAAGUCAUUCAGCAGACAGCACAUCCCCAACGGGAUGGAGUUCUUUUCCCUUUCUCUUCUUUUCGCCCCUCCUUUUUUUCUUCCUUUCUUGUCAUGUAUUUUGUGUUUGUGUUCUUUUAUUGUUUCACUGUUAUGAAGAAAUGUGGCGUGUGGGAUGAGGAUUUUUUAUUUAAGCUGGCCUGGGUUGGCUGGUAUCUUUUUUUUUUUUUUGGUUGGUCUUGGACUUGGGUCUUUUGCUGUUUUGGCUUGGCCUUUGGUUUUAAGGCGUUUUUGGGAGAGAUGGAGAGAGAUGAUUACAUAUGACCAACCACAAGACCAAUAACGAUAUUUCAGAACUACGGAGUGCUGCUCGUGAUGUCAUGUG